AGUAGGAUUGGAGACGACUUGUUUUGAUUGUCAACGUUCCCUGUGUGGARUAAAGAAAGACCAACUGACUCUACUAAAUAGGCUACCCAACUCUCAUUCGACUKAAAAUGUCUAAACUACAGUUGUUGAGUGUGUUUUUAAAUGAGCGUUUAACGGCGGCUGUUGUGGAGAUUGUCGGGGCAGUUGAGAAAACGGUAGUGGAGUACCAGGAGGAGAAUUAUCGGCUACGGAGACUGCUGCGGAUCACACCAGAUAUACCACUAACGUUAUCUAGAAUAGACUCCCUGCAGCUCUCUGUCUCUGAAGAGGAGGUUCCCCCUGAGCAGCAGCACUGUGAGCAGGAGUGGAGCCCCAGUCUGGGGAAGGAGGACCCAGAGCCCACACAGAUUAAAGAGAAACAGGAGGAACUCAGGACCAGUGAGGAGGAAGAGCAGCUUCAAGGUCUGGAGCCUGAUAUCAUAGAGUUCGAUUUCACUCCUCCUUGUGUGAAAAGGGAAUGUGAUCAGGAGGACCCACUUUGGUCCUUGACUCUUCCCCAAACCCAGACUGUGAAGAACAGAGAGAGUCACUCUAAACCAGUGGAUCUCAAACCUUUUGUCACUGUGACCCACCUAAAGGAUCUUGACAUUCUCUGUGAUCCUCUAGAUAAUCAGAACAUUGCCUGCAGCCACAGCUCAGCUGUAAGCAGAAACCCAGUAGGACUUGACAGCAGCGCACCAUUGGAUCUGAACCCGAUAAUGGGGGAAACCUGCACCUGGCCCUUUUGUGGCAAGACCUUCAAACAAAAAGGACAUCUGUCCAGGCACAUGAGGGUUCACACAGGGGAGAAACCGUUUAGUUGUGGUGACUGUGGGAAAAGCUUCAGUCAGAAGGGGACACUAACCAUGCAUAAACUGACUCACACAGGAGAGAAACCAUUUACAUGUUUUUUUUGCUGUAAAAGCUUCAGCCAGAAAGGGGACCUAAUGAGGCAUAUACUGACUCACACGGGAGAGAAACCAUUUAGCUGUGGUGACUGCGGUAAAGGAUUCAUUCGCAAGGAGCACUUAACUGCACAUUUACAGACUCACACAGGAGAAGUGUCGGUCUCAAGCAGAACCUAACCACGCAGAAACAGUCUAAACCGUUUAGCUGUGGUGACUGUGGGAAAAGCUUCGGUGUCAAGGGGAACCUAACUGUUGACAUUCAGACACAGGAUGAUACAUUUUUAUUUGUGGUGACUGUGGGAAAGGCUUCAAUCAUAAGAUGGACCUAAGGAGGCAUAAACUGACUUACAGUGCAUUUGGAAAGUAUUCAGACCCUUUGACUUUUUCCACAUUUUGUUACAUUACAACCUUAUUCUA